AUGGCAUUUCUUGGAGAAGCUGUUGUAGGAAAAAUUUGUGAGAUGGCCGUGGAGAUGGCCGUCCAGAAAUUAACUGAUGAGGCAAAGCUACUACUGGACUUCAGCAAUGAUUUCUCGUGGUUAAACGAUAAUCUCACAAAUCAAUGGCUGGAGAAGGUUCGCGUUUUUUCCUUGCUUGCAGAAGACAUCUGUGAGGAAUGCGCUAUAGAAUCUAUGUAUCGAAAUGAUUCUCAAGCUUGUAGUCCGAGUUAUAGUCAAUGGAUUUUUCGCUAUAGGAUAGGGCGGAAAAUCAAGGAUAUCAAGGAGCGCAUGAGAUAUAUUAUCGAAGAUGUCAACAAGCUGAAGCUAUUGCGUGAAGUUUUUCCUGCAAGUGAAGUAUCGCCCAGUACAUCUCAUAGUGUAGACCGCAAGAAAUCUUAUCUUCUGCCGAGUGUACACUCAGUGGGAAUAGAUUCCAAAGUUGAUGACAUGCUCAGAUUGCUGGACAACAAUGCCUCUCCAAUUAUUGCGGUGGUUGGGAUGGGGGGCAUAGCUUCCCACUUAGGUUUAGGACAGCAAAUUAGGAGCGAGGGAAUAUCUCAUGAGAGAGCAGCAGAGCUGAUUCAUGAAAAUCUGAAAGGAAAGAGAUAUCUUACGGUGUUAGAUGAUGUGUGGGAGGCAAGCGAAGAUUUAUUAUGUAAGCUUGGCCUCUUAGCUGGAGACAAUGGACAUUGCAAAAUUCUGGUUAGCACAAGAAACAGAAAAGUUUGUACAAUUCUGAAUGCUCAUAUUUACGAGAUUCAAUGUUUGUCAGAGAUAGAGAGUUGGAGUCUAUUUUGUUUCUAUGCAUUUAAAGGAAAUGAAGCGCCAAAUCAUCAGCUCGAAGAAGUAGGCCGUGACAUUUUAAAGCAAUGUGGGAAUUUGCCGCUAGGAAUCAAAAUGGUUGAGCAGAUAAAUUGUGAGUAUCUAGUAUAUCUCUGGAUCGGGGAAGGAUUUAUUCCAGCAGGAGAAGGCCAGUGGGACGCGGCAUGGGAUUGUAUAAAUCAGCUCACCAAUCUCUGUUUGCUUCAACACUGGGAACAAUAUGAGGAUGGACCAGGUUGUAAACUAAUCAAUUAUUGUAGAACUCACGAUUUGUUGCAUGAUUUGGCCAUAACCAUAUCAAAAGAAAAUAGAUGUAUUUUUUCAGUUGAGGAAGCUUCUAAAGGUAAAAGUGGUGACUGCAGUCGGAUUUUACUGGGCAUGAAAGAUGUAAAUGACCCUCCCAUAUCAGAGAGGCAUCUUCUUUGGCUCCGCACCCUCUCAUUGUCUCAGAAUUAG